AUGCCCGCCUCUGGUGGGAUCACUGGGAGGGGCUCUUUUCCAUUUCACCCCCAGCUGCUGCUUUAAAUCGGAUUGUCAGCGAUCUGGCGGAUCAUGACAAUAGGUCUUCUCAAUGUCAAUGCCCUACAUCUACUGUUUCCACCAGCUGCCCUCCCAGUGGAAAUAAUCGCCUGUUUUUAGUUCUCCUUGUCAACGCUUUUGGUAUCCUCAUAGUGAUACGUAGAUACAAAAUGAAAAGCACUUCAACAAUAAUCAUCCGUGUCUUUUUAUUAGCGAUUUGCCGAUGUAGGGGCUAUUUACUACAUGUGGCUGUAAACAUAUGCGCUAAUACUGGAUUUGGCGUUUUCAGUGAUCUAUCUGUGGGUUAAUGGUGCUGCAAUAUUCCUCAGUUUCUGGGCUACUCAAAAUACUUCUGGGAUUCCUCAAGGGCCUGCCUUCAGGCUCGGAGUUCAAAGGAGAAAGGCUGAUAAAAAGAAGAACGAAAUUUAUCGAUUAAUUCUUCCCCUGUGUAUCUCCAAUGGGGAGUUUUAG